GCCUCGCGGGGGGGAACCAGAUGAAGCACAUCUGGACAGCUGUGCUAAAAAACUGUGCGGCCCCUUCGCGGGCCCGACGUCCGCUGGGCACGUCCUCCACGUCCUCUCCUUCUAGCUAUUUAUCUAUUCACUCUCCCAAAGAAACAACCAGGGACCCAACUUUAAAACUUUUUUUUACCUCUAGGGAGAGACAGGGCCAGAUCCCAUCCAACACACAGUUUAAUUUUCAUGGGGCUCUGGGAUCAAAAGAACAGAAAGAGCUACAACAACAAAAGCUCAGCCGCUGUUUGAUUUUAAACUGGCAAAGUGGGAAAAUUAAAGUGUUGAGUAAACAGAUCAAGUUGGGUCAUGGGGAGUUUCAGAGGUCAUGCCAUCCCUGGAUCCUUUUUCUUUAUUAUGGGCCUUUGGUGGAGUACAAAGAGUAUUCUGAAAUAUGUCUGCAAAAAGCAAAAGCGGACCUGCUACCUUGGUUCCAAAACAUUGUUCCAUCGAGUAGAAAUUGUGGAAGGAAUUCUAGUCGUCGGCAUGGCUUUAACUGGCAUGGCUGGGGAGCAGUUCUCUACUGAUGGGCCCCACCUGACCUUGUAUAAAGAGGGCCAGUGGCACCAACUCAUGAGCUGGCAUCAUUCCACCAUGUAUUUCUUCUUCGGGCUGUCUGGUAUGGCAGAGAUCUUAUGUUUCACCAUCAGUUCACUUCCUGCCUCCUUGCCCAAGUUCAUGUUGUCAAAUGCUUUUUUUGUGGAGGGUUUUAUCUUCUACAACCACACUCAUGGCCGGGAGAUGCUGGACAUCUUUGUGCACCAGCUGCUGGUUUUGGUCGUCCUUCUGACAGGCCUGGUCGCCUUCAUGGAGUUCCUCUUACGGGGCAAUAUACUUGUGGAGCUUCUGCGUGAAAGCCUCAUCCUGCUUCAGGGGACUUGGUUCUGGCAGAUUGCCUUUGUUCUGUAUCCCCUCAGUGGAGGUCCUGCCUGGGAUCAAACAGAUCAUGACAACAUUCUGUUUCUCACCAUAUGCUUUUGUUGGCAUUAUGCACUAAGCUUUAUCAUCAUUGGAGUGAAUUAUGCCUUUAUCACCUGGCUAACGUCCAGGCCUCAUCUCCUUAGAGGCUAUGCGGCCUCCGAGAACAGUGCCAGCAUUCAAGGAAACGCUCUACUUCAUGUCAGCUGCCCUCCAGGGCCAAAAGAAGAAUACUGUCUCUUCCUGUUUCAAAAACCUUCAGAUCCCUAAUGCACGUCUUAUCCAUUUACAGUUCUGUAGAGACUGGAAACUCCAUUUUUAUUUUUCAACCUCCCCAACCUCACAUGUUGCUCUAACUUUUUUGACUACACAGUUCUCUUUAGCUGGCAUAACCACAUAAGAUGCCCAUUUCUAUGACACUUUCUGUGAUUCCUAUAGCCCUUGCUCAUCUCCUUUCAAGAUUUUUUACAGCACUUAGUCUCCACCAUACAUUUUAACAAUUGCGAUUUUUCUUAUAAUGUUUAUUAUUAGCUUGUGUGUGUUGGUCUUAUCUGCUGGCUAGAUCAUGUAGCCAUGAGGAAAAGACCUGUUUCAUAUGUCCCACACCUUUUGGGACACUGCCAAACAUAUAGUAGAUUCUUAAUAAACCUUUGUUUGCUAUUUUAAUAGAUCUAGGUAGCCUAAAUAAAUAUAGGCUUCAUUUGUUUGGAAAUUGAGUUUUAUGUGCUUUUGAGUUUUGCUUUUAUGUCACUCUUGGAAAGAUAAAAGUUCAAUUUUUCUAACGUAUUUUAAUACGAACUUAAGUGGUAGCCUAAAUGUAUUAUGGAGAUGCCAUGCCUGCAGGCUUAAUUAUGAUAGCUCAUAGGUGAGAACUGUUUGGAAAUAUUACUGCAUAUUUUCUAUAUCUCACAUGUAAACACCAUACUGUUGCACACACCUUCUCAAAAACCACUCUCUUUGGGUAGAGAAAUAUGUACACUGUCCAUUUGUAGGUUGGGUUUUCAAGCAAUGAUUCAUGUGAGCCAUUUUAAAGAACAAGAAGUCCAAAUUCCAGGUAUAUGGUGGUUUCCUGGAAGUGCACCUGUUACCUUAGUUCUGUACUUUUUCAUAUUAAGUGGGAGCAAAGGUAUAUGCAGACCCUUACCCUAGUGUCCUUGAUCUGUAUCUUUCCAGUAACUGGCAAUUACUUGCACACUCUCUUUAUCGCCCUGUCACUCAAUCUGCCCCAGGUGGCCAUUUCUGCGCGUAAAUACCUACAGCUGCAGGAGGCAGCUAGCACCUGGUUAAGGCGUCUGAACAUGGCCCAGCUUGGUGGCUUGUAGCAGACACAAUCCAGAGAGGAGAGAUGGGGAAUAGGAGGGGUCCCUAGGGUCUAUGUUAACAAUUGAUCUGUAAUAAGCAGCCAUGUUUUUGUUUUAUUUUCCCUAAGGGCACAUCAGGAAUGAAACUGAUCAGUCAGUUAAUUAAUCUAGCAUGUAUUAAAGUUAUGCAAUGUGGAAAUAAUGUGUGUUUUUAAAAAAUGAUACAAAAACUGGCCUUUAACUUGCUUAGUAUUAUUAGCCUUUCAUGAGAACAGUGGCAUAAACAGUUCCAGUAGUGAACCAAUAAUCAAGGUAAAUGAUUUUGAGUGGUUUUCCUUGGCUCUUGGGUCAACAGAUGCUACUGAUAUUGCUCAGUUCUUAUUGUUUAUUGGAGGAUUUAAUGCUGAGUUGGAAGUGAUUGAAGAAUUAGCCUCAAUGAAUAGGUGAGUGAUGUGAACUCCUGGCAGAUUGCUCUGAAGGUCAUUUAUUUGUCGAAUGUGUAUUGAACCACUGUUAUUUUCCAGACAUCAUUUUAGACUCUGGCUGGGGUCAGGACAGUAAAUAAAAUGAGGUUCCUGCUCUUUUAAAGGCUGUGUGCUAAUGGGACCCACAGAGCAUAAGUAAAGGCAUUAUAUGUUGAUAGUGGUAGGCUAGACCUUCAUCAGAAGAGGGGGCAUAGUGGAGAAGAAGGGUAAAGAUGCAGGUGGGCUGGUGAAGUUUUUCAUUAAAGGACGAUGAUAUUGGUGACUUGGUUUAGCAAGUUUGCAUAUUCCUAUGUAUUUCUGGAAUUUAACUAUGUUUUAUUGAUAUGGUCACAGUACAGUGUCUUUAUAAUAAUCAUGCAUAGGAAAAGUUUUGCCUAGUUCUUAUGAAUACUCUGUCUCACAGCAGAGAAGUGGAAAGUCUGCUGACCUUCUGCUACUAAGAAGUGUCACACCUUCCAAUUUCAAAAAUUAUAAUUGCUGUUUCUUCCAAAAACCUACACAUUCUUUCAAGCCACAAAAGCAGUUGUAAUGGCAGAGGGCACUUCUUUGAAAUUCUUAAUGUAUCAUGGACAGGGUCAUCACAUGCUUUUGAAUAUCCUGUGCUCUGUACAAAAGCACCCCUCUGAAGAGGCAAAGUUUAGUUCAGACUUGGCUUGGGCUGCCAACCCUAGGGAGAGAGAGGGUGUCAUGCACUUCUUUUACAGGAAAGGACACCUUUUUUGGAGUACACAGGUAUGUGCGGUUUUGAUGGAGAAGAUUGAGUUUGGUUUUAUCUGGACUUGCUUUUGUUUUAGAAGUGAUCAAAGUUAUCUUCUGAUGCCUAUGUAAACAGUCAUGCAGUAUAUUCAUAAGUCACAUUUUAUCUGAUUACUUAUACCUGCUUUCACCCACAAAAAAUUUCAGGUGGAUCCCAAGCCAAAUAAAACUGAUUUUCUUUUUUAAGUUGCCUGCCUCAUUUGCCCAACUAAUCUGGAGUUUAUUGUAUGAUAGAUGCAUAUUGCUCUGGGUUUCUGUUUUAAACACCAUCUAACUAGGGG